AUGGCUUCCACCACCGCCGUCUCAGCCACCGGUUCCGGUCUCAUCGUAAGCUUCGGCGAGAUGUUCAUCGACUUCGUCCCCACCGUUUCUGGCGUCUCCCUCGCCGGAGCCCCAGGCUUCCUCAAGGCACCCGGCGGCGCUCCUGCCAAUGUCGCCAUCGCCGUCUCUCGCCUCGGCGGCAAGUCCGCCUUCGUCGGCAAGCUCGGCGAUGAUGAGUUUGGCCACAUGCUCGCCGGAAUCCUCAAGGAAAACAACGUCGUCGCAGACGGCAUCGCCUUCGAUGAAGGCGCACGCACUGCACUCGCCUUCGUGACACUACGCUCCGACGGCGAGCGUGAGUUCAUGUUCUAUCGGAAUCCCAGCGCCGAUAUGCUCCUCAAGCCCGAAGAUCUCAAUCUCGAUCUCAUCAGAUCUGCGAAAGUGUUUCACUACGGAUCGAUAAGCUUGAUAGUGGAGCCAUGCAGAUCGGCACACGUGAAGGCGAUGGAAGUGGCAAAGGAGGCAGGGUGCCUGCUCUCCUACGACCCUAACCUGCGGCUGCCGCUGUGGCCGUCCGCGGAGGAGGCACGGAAGCAGAUACUGAGCAUAUGGGAGAAGGCUGACGUCAUCAAGGUGAGUGACAAUGAGCUGGAGUUCCUUACCGGCAGCGACAAGAUCGACUAUGCUUCUGCUCUCUCCCUCUGGCACCCCAACUUGAAGCUUCUCCUUGUCACCCUUGGUGAACAUGGUUCCAGAUACUACACCAAGAAAUUCCAUGGACAAGUGGAUGGUUUUCGUGUUGACACAGUAGAUACAACUGGCGCUGGUGAUUCCUUUGUUGGCGCUCUACUAUGCAAGAUUGUCGACGAUCAUUCCAUUCUUGAAGACGAAGCAAGGUUAAGGGAAGUAAUCAAGUUUGCAAAUGCAUGUGGGGCAAUUACAACUAUCAAAAAGGGAGCCAUUCCAGCUCUUCCUGCAGAGCAUGAAGCCCUUAAGCUCAUCAAUGGAGCAUAGAGACUUCAGGUACAUAAUAGUGCUAGUAGUGUCUUUUAAUUUUUUUUUGUAUAGGAAGGAUUCUCUUUCCAUUACAUCUCUUUUAGUCACUUUUCUGUUCGACUUGUUUAGCUAUCAAUGCAUUUCGGCAUAACGGUCACAUUUUCUUUCUUCCAAAAAUUUUAGAUUAGUCCGUUGACCCACAACACAAAAACAGCCUCGUAACCUUAAAAGGCCAGAGAAAAAAAAGGGCCGAAAAAUUGAAAAACUCCUACUAACAAUAUUGUUCUUCCUUGUUUACAAUUGAUCCAAUGUCUUAGGUAGCAAUUACCAUCUUUUUUUAUUGGUGCUUUCUUGUGCAAGAUUAUGGAUAAUCAAUUCAUAUUUGAAGCGAGUCAAUUCCUAAUGCUACCACAAUCAUACCUGUCUAAUCUGAAUUAAUCAUAAUUCAUAUUUGAAGUGAGUCAAUUCCUAAUGCUACCACAAUCAUACCUGUCUAAGCUGAAUUUGAAUCAUAUGCACUGUAAUUAUAUCUAUCAGAAAUAUAUAAACAGAACCAAAUCGAU